GCGACAGCGCAGGAGCAAUGAAUUCAAAGACGACGGGGACUCAAAAGUGGGAAGGACCCAGGACUAAUGGUAGUUACACCACGCGAAACGUCACGUCAGACGCCAGGCAGACCGAAACUUGCGAUAAGGACUGGAGAUGGGGCGAGACAGGAGUCGAUCGACCUCAAAAGGAAUGUCAGAGGAAGUGAGGAGAUCUAGAUUGACGAAAGAAGUUCAGCAGGGAGAAGCAGGGAUACGAGGAGAGGCCAUGGAAUUCAUGACCCUAGGGCGGUGGCAGACGUGGAAAGAAGGAAUGGAGCGCGAUUCUGCGGAAGAUCCUCCCAGGCGAGAAUGGGAUUGGAUGAUUUGGUAUGCGAUGGACAGUGAGGAAUGCGAACUAGUAUACGUCGGGAAAAUCAGCGGUCGCUCGAAGGUGAGUAUGGAAGAAGCAAGUAAUACUUGAAGACGGGCUGCGGGAGUGCCACCCAAAGUAAAUAAAAAAGUUCGAGGGAAAGAAAAAAUGAGUGAGACUGCAAACCUUUUUUUUUCUAUUCUGC